UCAUACAACACAUGUUUGUAUGGCGUUACGCAGUGUCGUUUUCACUUAAAAAAAAAUUAACCAUUUAGUUUAGUCGAAGAGUAAACCUAGUGAUAUAUUCAGAAACGAAAUUAAGUUUUGUUCUUGUAAAAUCGACAAUGACGACAGAAGAAGCUCCUAGUGCCCUGGACAUUCGUGCAGCAGAAGAACGACUGCGAUCGAUAUCACUGCCGAUAACGCCGGUUAUGACAAGUUCCAUAUUAAAUGCAUCGACCGGACGAAAUAUUUAUCUGAAAUGUGAAAAUUUCCAACGAACUGGUUCGUUCAAGAGCCGUGGAGCUGUGAAUGCCGUUCUAACUUCGAUCCAAAGAGAUCCCAACAUCAAGGGAUUUGUCACUCAUUCUUCGGGAAAUCAUGGCCAGGCACUGUCGUAUGCAGCUUCGAUUGUUAAGCGACCUUGUGUGGUGGUUGUGCCACGGGGUACUCCAAAAAAUAAAACUGAUGCCAUCGAACAUUACGGUGCUGAAUUGGUGGUAUGCGAUCCAACACCGACUAGUCGAACAGAAACUUGUUUGAAAAUUAGUGAAGAGCGAGAUUUCAUGAUUAUUCCGCCAUUCGAUCAUCCGUAUGUUAUAGCCGGUCAAGGUACGAUUGCCGUUGAGUUUUUGGAACAGAUAAAGAACUUGGAUGCCAUAUUAGUACCUGUAAGCGGUGGUGGUCUCAUUAGUGGAAUAUCGCUAUAUGCUAAGCACAUCAACCCCAAAAUUCGAGUAUUUGCCUGUGUGCCCGAAGGAAAAAUGCUACAGGAAUGUCUCAGAGAAGAAAAACGAUUGUGGCCAAAUCCACCAAAAUUUCUUCAAACCAAAUGUGAAGCUUGCCGCCUCCAGCAAUGUGGCACAAUAACAUUUCCGAUUAUGUGCUCGUUGGUUGAGAAACAAGUUUUCACGAUCUCCGAGGAAACGAUGAUUAAGGCGACUCGUUUUGCAUUUGAACGGCUCAAAUUAGUAAUUGAGUUGGCUGCUGGAUUGUCUCUUGGUGCUAUCCUUUAUCAUUCCGAUCAACUGGAUUCUAGCAUUCGGAAUGUGGGUGUCGUUUUGUGCGGUGGUAAUAUCGAUUUGAGUGUAUCGUUACCAUGGCAUGACGGUGACAAUUGAUAUUUUAAAUUAAUACAGAACAGUUUUGCUGUA